AUGGUGCGUGGGCGUUUCUUGAUAAUUGAUGAUCUUUAUCAAACGGGGAUCCGCGGGCCCGCUUCAGAACUUGCGAAGCAGUAUGCUUGUGCACUCUAUUACACCGACAAUUUCAAGGACCCUAGACUCCCAACUGUUCAGUCGCCAAGACGGGGACAGAAUAGAACAAAGUCAAGAAAGCGAUCACAUGAUCGUUAUCGUGCUCCCAGAUCCAGAACGUCCAAUCGUUCUCAUCAUCGUUCCUCAUCUUUCUCCAGUGAUGAAAAUGAUAAAGAUAUUUAUCAUCCAUCUAGACAUAAUAUAGUCCACAAAACGCCAUCAAUCGACUCUUCAACGGAUUCUCAAACGUCUUCAACACACAACGCUGUCCCUCAGACUCCUUUGCCUGAUUCUACUUCGCAUCGUGCAGUACUCGAAGCAUUGAUGUACGAACUCUUCAAAGCUAAUGAAAGAUCGGGUAUCACAUCUCCAAACGUCCAUCAAUCCGAAUUGUUGAUGUCUUUAAAAACUCACAUUGAGCAAAUGAUUGUGUUGCAACAAACUCAGGAUGAUAGGAAUGUUGAGAGUCCAGUCAAACCGCCAAUUGAAAUUCAGACUCCAAAUGAAUUGAGUGCCGAGAAACUGGAUAGUGGUACAGAUUGUUAUCGUUCAGAACAAACCGUCCUUUUUGAGCAAUUGGUGACUGACAACACAACACAGAAUGUCACACAAGAGGACCAAUUGGAUGUACCGAUGCACCAUGUUGUGGUUGAGAGCUCUGCGGAUUCGAAGGAAGAAAUCAAUGACACAGAAACUCAGCAUUCUGAUGGCACAUCGAAUCAGGAAAAGAGUGAAUUUGGAGCAGAAACAAUCGAUCAGGCACUGAGCGAGUCUCAAGUCCAGGAAUGUAUGGAUGUUACCGAACCUCAAAACACUGUUGAACCGGGAGUUGUCGACGAAACUGCCACCGUUCAUAUGGAGACAGAUGACAAAACACUUGCGUCUUCCUUUUCAGAAUUGAACGACUGUCAAGAUCCCGCUGUUGUUUCUGAACCAAUUUCCACAGAACAAAAUCUUGUGGAAAUGGAGACAAACAAUUCAGAAAAUGGUUUUGUGGAAAAACCAGUCGAAGCUACUGUGAAUUCAGUUGUUGAGAAUGUUUCAGAACAAUCUGCAAUCGAUGAGGAUGAAGUCAAUUACGUUCCUUCUUCACGUGAAGACUCCGAGGUAAAACAGCCUGAAGAUUGUCCAACUCAAGUAACUCAGCUGUUUGUUGAUGUCAAUAUCGCCCAAACAAUGGCUUCACUACCCCAGCAAUCGGAGUUUACCAAAAAGGACGACGAAGUUAUUGCCCAAGUCAAUGAUACCACUGAGACCAGAGCUGAGUCAAGUACAGUUCCUAUCAGAGUCACCCCACCGACUCCGACGGUCUCAAUUGCAGGCGUCACCCCAGCACUACAACAACUGCAAAUUGGUCAAGCUGUAUCUCAAGAUACCGAGACGAGAAACAAUCUGCAGUUGAUUUCAUGGAAUCAGGCUGCUCCAGGGCUUCCCGAAUCGAAUGCUUCUCGGUUGUUGCAGAAACGGAAAGAUCAGGUGGCACAACCGAAUGUCCCAGAAUUCUUGAAUCAUCCCAACACGUCGACUCUACCAGUAUCAAAAUUGUAUUUAAAAGAUACUCCCCACGGAAAAGUUAUCAUCAAUGAAAAUAAUAUUCGGAUGGGACUCUAUCCGGUUCACCUGCCCUGUAGAACAGAUUCAAGCCCUGUCAAUCCUGUCAUCUCUUCAUCUGCACCGAAUCCGUCACCGCCUCAUACUUUCUCUCCGCUGUCAGUCUCAGUUGCUCCGCCAAACCAGCCAAUACUUCGGCAAGAAGGACCGAUUCAAUUUCCUCAGAAUCUAAUUCACCAACCGACUUUAAACCAGUUCCUUCAACAUCAACAGAAUAUGAUAAACGCGCAGUUGAGGAUGCACCAUCAACCAAUGUUUGCUCAACAUCCUCCGAAUGGGAUGAACUGGAACAUGAUUGAAGCAACACAAUCGAUGAAUGCAUAUCUGAGUUCUCCGAUGUCGCAAAGAGUAGGAGGACAGAACCCAAAUCAACUCCUUCCUUCUCCUCUCCUCACAUUUCCCUCUCAACCUUUCGGGUCGCAAGUCAAUUCGAAUACGUCUCUAGUUCAUCAAAAAAUUCCAGCUCGAGUUUUGAAGACAUCGGACAAUGACCCUUCAAAAGAAUCCGGAUAUACACCACCAACAAGUUCAACCGCUGCUCCUCCACAUGUGUCUCCUGCUACUGGAACAAUUCCUACGGUCACUCCAACUGAUAUUCAGUCCCCCAUAGGAAACGCUGCUAUGGAACCAAGUAAAAGGAAACAGCCAGAAAUUGAGUAUCACCCAGUGUUCAACAGUGCCCAGUGCCGGAUGAUUAAUUUCGGCGCCGACAUAUCGGACGAAGAAUUAAAAAGACGGCAAAAUGAAGCGAUUCGUGAUAAUCUGCCUCCAUGUCCGCCGGGGAUAUAUCAACUCGGGAGACCAUUCAGAAGUGGUCUGGUACGUUUUUAUCGAAAAGACAGUUUUGAAAGAGGAGUUGAACUGGUGUUACCAACGCAGCUAGAUGACGAAAGAAAAUACCGUCAGCUUUACACCGAAGGUCGAGUAGUUCUCCCGAAUCUCAGCCAUCAACCUGGUUGGAAGUUCGGUCAAAAAGGGAUACAUCCUUCAAUUCGAGAGAAGAUGAAACAACCAAACCGCCAACCUGUGACUGCAAUGCAUCCGAAACUACAGCAUCACGGUGUUCAGAACCUUCACCCUCGCCGGAGACAGAAUGAAAGUGUUCAGAAGGUGCAACAAGACGACAACGAGCAGCAUAAAGCGAAAGUGGCUCGACUGAAACAGAAUAUGGGGCCAAUAACGGAAAAUGGAGUGGCUGUGUUCAAUACUCCUCGCACAUUCCCGGGACAAAUCACUGAACGUCGUCAAGUAAUUGGUGUUCCCUCGAAUGAGACUGCGCUUCAGAAAAAGGAGAAGCCUUUCACUCGUAUUUCGGAUUAUCAAGAUCGAAGAAAUCCGCAGGUGGAAUUCAUCGAUCUCACUGGCGACGAAGAAGAGGAAACUACAGUUGGAAUUGACGCCACGCUUCAAAAUAUUUCCAUUUCGAGUGAUUGCCAGAACCCUGUUGGAAAAGUCAAUUUGGAGACAGGAGAGCCGAGACAGUUACAACAGAACGUUAGUGAGCAGAAAGAUAAGUCGAUGCGCGUCGAACAAUCUGAAGCAUUCAAUCAUCAUCAUCCCAAACAAUUUUUCCCUCCGGACUACAAAAAAUACGAUGUGACCAAAACACCUCGGGCGAGAGUCUUGAAGAUUACACCAACGAAUCCGUACCCACUAAUUCACCCUGUUAGAAGGACCAAACAAAAGCAUACUAAAAUCCAACUGGAACGACUACAGGAGAUCUAUGAGAUGUACAAACAACACAAAAUCGUCGAAUAUGAUUAUGCCAAACUGGGUCAGCCAAUCAGCUUGGCCGCCUUUCAGGUGAAACAGUACAUUAACAAUCAGAAAGCUGCUGAUAGGAGAAAAGAAAGGAAAACCCAAAAAGUUGAAGAAUCAAAGAAUUCGUAUGGAUUCAAUGACGAUAAUCAGCAAUGA